AUGACGGAAGUCUCUUCCACCCGACUCUAUCUCGGGAACCUUCCCCGCAAUGUUACCAAGCAGGAUAUCGAAGAGCACUUCAGCACCCAUGGCUCCGGUAAAAUUACCGAGAUCAAGCUGAUGAACGGAUUUGGCUUUAUCGAGUAUGAGGAUUCUAUGGAUGCUCGAGAUGUCGUCCCCGCCUUUCACGGAAGUGACUUCAAGGGUGAGCGAUUGACCGUGCAGUUCGCUCGUGGUCCUCGGCGCAAGGAGCCCUUCCCCUUCCCUGGUCCUCCGGACCGCCCUAUUGGACCUCGUCCACGCCGUACCGUAUUCCGGAUGCAGAUAUCCGGUCUUCCAGAGACAAGUUGGCAGGACCUCAAAGACUUCGCCCGUCAGUCUGGCCUAGACGUGGUCUACUCAGAAGCCGGCCGUGAACAAGGAAAAGGGUUUGUUGAAUUUGAAACCGCCAAUGAUCUGAAGACGGCCGUGGAGAAACUUGACCAGAGAGAGUUCAAAGGCGCGCGUGUAUCUUGCGUUGCGGAUAUCCAAAGCGUUGAAGACCGUCCUUACCGUGGUGACCCGUACCGGUCUCGUUCCCCACGCCGACCCUAUCCCAUGGAUGAAUACGACCGAAGAUUCCCCAUGCCCCGUGGAUACAACAGUCCCCGGGAUCACUACCGUGAACGGUCACCCAUCCCCAGGGCCUACUAUGACCGAGAUGCCUAUGGACGUCGCACUCCCCCACGACCCAGAAUGGAGGACUACCCACCUCCGCGUCGUCCAUAUGAUGAAUAUGAUGCCCGUUUCCCACCUCCCCCGCACCGUGACUAUGAUCCGUAUCUAGCGUCGCGCCAAUAUGGCCGUCCCCGCUCCCCUCCUCGUGGCGAAUAUGUCCCGUAUGACCGUCCUCGCUACUGGUAG